AUGUUAAAUUCGCAAACGUAAUCAUAAUCAGCAAUGUCAAUCUUGGGUUAUGUACCUGCUUUAAUAGUUUAACAUUUGUUGAAUCUGAAGAUGAACAAAUUACCAAGAAAUUUGCCAGAGAAAUAAAAUAUAAAGAGUGUAGUGAUGUUUGCAGACAUUUCAGGAUUCACAAAAUUAACAGAGAAAUUGAGUUAAUUAGGAACAGAGGGAGCUGAGAGAAUUGCAUUUGCAAUAAAUAGAUAUAUGGAAUUGUUAGUUCAGGGAAUAGGAAGAAGCGGAGGUGAUAUUUUCAAAUUUGCAGGGGGUAUUAAUAUAAAUAAGGUCAGAUGCAAUGAUAGUGAUUUGGCCUCCACCUCCAGAGGGGAAUAAUUUUGUUUAAUAGAUAGAGACAUUACUUAAAUAGGCAAUCCAAUCAGCUUUAUUAAUUUAGGAGAAGCUAACUAAGACAACGAUAGAACAAGGGAUUUAAUUAAGUGUGAAAAUAGGUAAUAAGUUAUAAAGUAAAGAUUAGGAUUUGGUGUAGGUGAAAUGAGUAUAAUACAUGUUGGUGGUGUAUUUAAUAGGAUUGAAUAUUUAGCAACUGGUGAUCCUUUAUUGUAAGCUUUUGCUUCUGAACAUUGUCUUACAGAGGGUGGGAAGAUAAUAAUCUCAUAAUAAGUUUAUAAUUUAGUGAAUAACUUUUUUGAAUGCAAAGAAGUAGAACAUCAUGAAAAUCAUUAUGAAGUCAUUUAGAUAAAAAGUACAUAAGCUAAAGUAAAAAUGAAAGCAGAUGCAUUACUUAUAAAAAAUAACAUUACAAUAGCUAAAUUUUAAGCUAUAAGGAAUGAAAUUUAAUCAUAUAUACCAGCAGCAUUAUUACCAUAUAUAGAAAUAAAUGAGGAACCAUGGAGUGCAGAAUUAAGAAGACUUUCAGUAAUGUUUGUAAAUUUGGGAAUAGAUUUAAAUGAUGCUAAAUCAGAGAAAGGAUUAUAAUAGAUAUAAAGAGUUAUAAUGACAGUUUAGAAAUGUAUUUAUAUGCAUGAAGGAUCAUUGAAUAAAUUAUUAAUGGAUGAUAAAGGUUCAACAUUAAUUAUAGUAUUUGGAUUGCCUCCUUUAUCACAUUAAAAUGAUGCAGUAAGAUCAAUAUUAACAGCUUAAUUGAUGAGAAUAGAAUUACCAAAAAUAAAUUGUGGUUGUGCAAUAGGUAUAGUAACUGGUACUGUAUUUGCUGGAGUUGUAGGAACAAGUGGAUCAAGAAGAGAAUAUUCUGUAUUAGGAGAUUCAGUUAAUUUGGCAGCACGUUUAAUGCAAGCAGCAUGUGAAGAAAAAGAAUAUAAAAUACUUGUAUGUUCUGAAACAGCAAAGAGUGCAGAACAUAAUCUUAGUUUUUAAUUUUUGAGAUCAUAAAUUGUUAAAGGUAAAAAUUAACCAGUUGAAAUUUAUGUUCCAUUAGAAAAAUCUUAAGCAAGUACACCUGGUAAUUUCUUUCCAAUUUUGAGAACUAAUAAUUAUGCAUUUGGUUUUAAAAGAAAAACAGAAUUUGCUAAUUAAUAAAUUUUUGGUAGAGAAGAACCUUAUAAAAAAAUACUUAAUUAAGUAGAUAAAAUUAUGAGAGGAAUUGAUAAAAAAGGUUUUAUUAAUAUUAUAUAUUAUUUUUAGGAUUAUUUAUUAUUAAGGGUUCUUUUGGAGUUGGUAAAACCAUGUUAAUUAAGAAAGUACUUCAUAGAGUAUAAGAAAAAUUAAAUAGUAAUUAAUAUAAUCCUUGGAAAUAUGGAGAAAUGCCUUAAAUUUUGACUUCAUAAUUAAAUCCUGUAACUAGAUCAUAUAAAUUGAAUGGUAUUGAAUUUAAUCUGAUUAGUGAGGACUACGUUAGAUUUUGAAAUAAAUUUUUAUUCUAUAUUCUAAAAGAUUGGAAAGAGAACCAGAUUUAUCAUUAUUCUAAUUAAUGAUUGAUGAAUCAUUGUAUUCUCAAAAUACAAUCAAUCUACUUAAAGAGAUAUUAGAUUUGAAAUGUAUUUCUAGAGUUGAUAAUUUCCCUCCAAAAAGUAAUGAUGAUGAAAAUCAAUAAGAAUUAAAAAAAAUUGUAAAUAUUUUGUUAAAUAUAUUUUUAAAGACUUUGUAAUUCUUUAGUAAUUAUUUUGAAUAAGUACCAGAAAAAUAUUAAAAUCUUUAUAUUGGUAGAUCACCUGAAGAAUUAGGAUGGGAUAUUAAAUAAUCUAAUAUUAGAUAAGUCAUUAAAUAUUCAAUAAAAUAUAGUAAUAUAAUAUGUCCAGUUAUACUUUGUUUGGAUGAUAUGCAAAAUUAUGAUAAUUUAACUUUUAAGAUAAUAAGUUUAAUGAUAAAAACAUAUGAUAGAAUAUAAGUAUUAGGAUUGUAUCGUGAUAAUUUUCAUGAAAUGACACUUCAAGUAAAAACAGCUGAAAAGAAAAAAUCAUAAGAAGAAAUAGCUAUGGAUGGUAUAAGUAGAUUAGAAGAUGCUAUAGAAUAAAAUUUCUAUAGUAUUAUUUAAUUAAAAGGAAUAGAAAGAAAAGGAAAAGAUGAUGAAUUUGCUAAAAUGAUUAGAUAUUCAUUUAAUAUAUCUAAAUUUGAUAUUGAAAAUGUAAAAGCAACAUAAGAAGAAAUAAGAAAAAGAGAUCCAUCAAUAAUAAAUGAUGUUUGUGUACAAGAAACAUUAAAUAAAGAAAUGAAUCAUUAAUUCUUAUUCUUUUAAAAUAAGUAAUAGUUAAUAGAAUAAGAUAUUGAAUUACUCUUACUAUCAUAUAUUUAUUUAAAAACCUCUGGUGUACCACUAAUGGUAUUAAAUUUUACACAAAAUUUAAUUGAUUAAGGAUAUAUUAAGAUUGGAAAUAAAAGUGCUACAAUAACAAAAGAAUUAAUUAAUUUAAUCAAUUAUGAAGAGAGUAUAAUUAUUGAUGCUCCUUGUGAUCGUGUAGCAGUAAAUGGUCCAAUUAUAGAUAAGUAAUUAUAAUUUAUAUAACAUAAGAUUGCCUUGUUUAGAACAAUUAAUAUUAAAAGUAGCAAGUAUAAUUGGUGAUAUAUUUGAUAUCCAAAUGUUGAGUAGAAUCAAUCCAUUUAAAGUUGCAGUUAAUAAUAGAUUGUAAAAAAUGAUGGAUGAAUUAGAACAAAAAGAUUUCAUUGAGACAAUGGAAGUCUAAGAACAAAACAUAUAUUAUAGAUUUACAUGUCCUUUUAUGAGAGAUUGUUUAUAUUAAAGAAUCACAUUUAAAUAACGUAGACAAUUACAUAAAGCAGCUGCAGAGGCUAUAUAAUUAUUACCUUUGGCAUUUGAAAUAGAUGAAAGAAUAGAAAGUAAGAAGUUGUAAUUUCAUUGGGUCAUGGCAGAAUAAAAUAAUUAAUUAGUAUAGUAAUCUACUCAAAAUUUCAAAGCAAGAUAAUCAAGUGGUUCUGUUAGAAAUUUAGUUUUAAGAGCUACUUUUGGAAUAGGAUAAUCUAAAUAAAAAUAAGAAGAUAAUAGCAAUAUUCAAUUAGCUUAAAAUAAUUAAUAUAAAUUUGAAAAUUUAUCAUCAAAGGCCAUGAGAUCAAUUAUAUUAAAAUAGAUUUCUAAUAAAUUAACAAAAAAUAAUAACAACAUAAAUACAAUUUUAAAAGAAGGUAUAUUAGAGAAGAAAUCAAAAUAAAAUGUAUCAUGGGCACCUCGAUAUUGGGUAUUAGAUGGAAAGGAAAUGAGAUGUUAUUAUACAAAAUAGGAUAUGUUAAAAAAGGAAUUACCUCUUUGUACUAUUCCAUUAAAAGGAAUAUAUUCAGUGAUUCCAUUAGAUGUAAGAGAGUAAGGAGAGACUAAUUUUCCAUUAUCUAUAAGUUCCACAUUAUGGUAUAAGAAAAACAAAGAAAUGGGAGAGAGAAGAUUUUUAUUAAAUAGUAAGAAUGUGGAAGAUUUGGAAAUGUGGAUAAUAUAUUUGGAAUUUGCUAAAGCUAAAGCAAUUUAUGAUGAUUUUACAAAUAAUUAUGGAAAGAUCAGUUUUCCUUUAGGUAAUAAUAAUGAUUAUUAUGAUCCUGAAUUCAAAUAUGAUGUAAAUAUUGAAGUAUUAAUUUAUAAUUAAAAUUAAAGAAGUAGAAAUUAUCAUUAGGAUUACAAUAUGAUAAGAGUUAAUAAGCUAAAAUGAGUAAGAACUCUGUACUUUCAAGAAAUUCUAGAGCAUCACGUAUGACUAUUGCAACUAAGUAAUUUAAAUUCAUGGAGAAAGCAUCAUAAGAAGAUAAUCUACUUUAGACUUCUUAAAUUAUUGAUAGUUAACUAUUGAAAGAUAGAAUUAAUUGUUUUUUAUAGAAAAGGUAUUAUAUUUAUAUUGAUUUAAGUAUGCUUUUAUUAUUUUCUCAUUUGUUUGAUAUGUCAUUGUAAAAAUAAGAUGAUUAUAAUUUGCUUGGUUAACCUAAUAUGGUAAUGAAGAAGAUGACAAAUAUUUUCAAGAUUGAUAAACAAUUAACAUCUGAAAAUAAAAAAUAAUCUAAUGCUUUUAUCAAUAAUUAAUCAUAAUCAUAAUCAAUAUCAAUAACUAAUUCAAGUGAUAUGAAUCCAAAUGUAAUGUAAUAACCAUAAUAAUAAUAAUAAUAACGAAAAGCAAUAACAUUAGAUGGAAAUCCAUUGAUAGCUAAGAAAAUGGAUACUAGUUUAGAUGAAGAAUCAGGAAGUAGUAGUAAUGAAGGAGGAGAAGGACUCUUAUAAACAAAAACUUUAUAAUAAAUUAUGGAAGAGGAAUAUGAUAAUGAAAUGAGUGGUAUAUUAAUAUAUUAUAUUAUUAUAGAGAGUACUAAUUAAUAAUAAUAAUAAUUAAAACAAUAGAGAAAUUAAAAAUAUAUAGAAGAAAUUAGAAUGAAAUAAAGUUCAAAAUUUUAGUAGGAAGAUAGAAAACGUUCUGAUAGUUAAGAAAGUUUUGAAUAAAAUAUUGCCAUUUCUAGAAGACAUACAGAUCGAUAGGAUUAAGUAGCUAAAUAAAUGAAUUAUUUUAAACUUCCAAAUUAAUAAUAAGAAGUUAGAAAUAUCACUGAAUUUAAAUUAGAUAUGGCUAUCUAAGUUGAUUUAUAGAAACUCAAUAAUUCUAUUAGUAAAUCUAUAAGUAAAUCAUCAAUUGAUCCAAAAUCUGAACUUUCCUAUCAAUAAAAUGAUAACUAAGAAUUCUUAAAAUUAUUUGAAAAUAGCACUAAUUAAGGAUAAUCAUAAUAGAAUAAUUAAUUCAGUAAUAAAAUAUUAGAUGAUAAUAAGAGAGACACUAUAUAAACACAUAUUUCAUCUUCAAAUUUCUUAUCUACUUAAUAUCCAUUUUUACAUCAUCAAUCAACUCUACUCUCAUCUAAUACUAAUUAAAAAUUAAGAUAGCCUUAAUAAUAUGCAAGUAGAUAAAGUUAAAUAUCUCAAAAAACUAUUGCUAAUUCAAUUUCAUCAUAAUAAAAUCAAUAUGGAACAGCAUUAAAUACUUGUAAAUCUUUAAGUGGAGAUAUCUUCACUUUAAGACCAGGCUAUAGAGUAGUAGUCACAAGAAUAGAUUAAUAGAAGAAAUUAAUUUAUUGUAAUUAUUAGAAUAUGUAAGGAUUAUUUUAUUUGAGAGAUAUAGCUGUAAUUGAAGGUAUAUAUAAUUUUUAUUGAUAGAAAAUCAAGAUGACUCUUAAAUUAAAAUGAAAUCUAGAACACCCACUAUGUUUGAACUCAAAUAUAAGGAAUUAUUGAAUGAUAGAUUUAAUACAAGAAGCAAAUCUCCAAAUUAUCGUUCUGCUUAAUGUAAGACUCCUCCAAAGAAACCAUUUAUGAGAUUUUGA